CCCUCUGUCCCUUGUUAAAAAAAAUGGAAAGGUGGUUUGUGAAACAUACUAAAACCAAAUCAGUCGGUAGGAUGGCACGUUGAGUCGUUAAACACACUUAAAUUUAGACAAAGUAGGUUGACCUUGGUGAUGAUACAAACUUAAACAAAAUCCUUUUACCCCCCCAUGAUUAAUCUUGUGAUAUCUUGCAAUUUUCAAAUUCAUUGUGAUUUUUAAAGAAAAUUUGAAUAAAAGUGUAACGCCUUGUAACAUUCUAUUUCUACAUUUUAAUUUUAAAAGCUAAAGUGUACUAUAUUUAGGGAUUGGAACUUUUUUGUGUUUUUUUUCCCCCUCAGCCUUUUGCCAGUUAUUAAAAAAAAUUUCUUCAGGCUGUUUAUCGCUACUCCCUUAUUAAAGUGUUUAUCCUAAUGCUAACAGACAGUGCAAAAUGGGCAAAUGAAUAGCAUUGGUGUUGCAGUGUCGUUACCCUUCAAGCAAGUUACAUUUAAAUACAAACGGUGGCGCAAUCCAUGCAGUCAGACAUGACAAUCCUCACCGGCAUGCAUCCGUAAUAAUCUGCAAAGAAUGACGAAUAUUGCUAAGGACUUCAGAUGCGCAAUUUCCAACAUGCUCCAUUUUACUGUAUAUCAGUUUGUAUUUUUCAGGGCGAGCACAUCAGAAGGAGCAGCACAAUCUCCAUUAAAUUGAAGCAAAACCUACUUGAUAUAAACGGUUCCUUGUGUUCUAUUUAAUUAUCAUUAAUGUAUGUCAAGGCAGCACGGUGGAUCAGCUGGAAAGCCUUACAGUUCUGAGGUCCCGGGUUCAAUCCUGGACUUGCCUGUGAGGAGUUUGCAUGUUCUCCCCGUGCCUGUGUGGGUUUUCUUCGGGCACUCCGGUUUCCUCCCACAUCCCAAAAACAUGCAACAUUAAUUGGACACUCUAAAUUGCCCCUAGGUGUGAUUGUGAGUGCGGCUGUUUGUCUCGAUGUGCCCAGGACUCCCCGCGACCCUUGUGAGGAUAAGCAGUUAAGAAGAUGGAUGGUUGUCAUUAUAAAGUAUAAUGGUGUUCUCUUUGUUACAUUUUUUGUAGGCUUGAUGAAUGGCAUUUCCACGCAUUUCAGUAGAGUAAGAUGUGCCUGUGGUCUCUAAAUUCAACUCGUAUCUUUCAUCCAUCCAUCCAUCCAUUUUCUUCGCCACUUAUCCUCACAGGGAGUGCUGGAGCCUAUCCCAGGUGUCAACGGGCAGGAGGCGGGGUAUAACCUGAGCUGGUUGCCAGCCAAUUGCAGGGCACAUAGAGACAAACAGCCACACUCACAAUCACACCUCGGGGUAAUUUAGACUGUCCAAUUAAUGUUGAAUGUUUUUGGGAUGUGGGAGGAAACCAGAGUGCCCAGAGGAAACCCACACAGGCACGGGGAGAACAUGCAAACUCCACACAGGCGGGGCCGCGAUCGAACCCGGGUCCUCAGAACUGUGAGCCCAAUGCUUUACCAGGUGCCCCACCGUGCCGUCCAACUCGUAUCUGUUUAAGUUUUUUUAAAUGAACUCUUGCGGCACCUAACGUGUUGCUUUAGUUGCAAGUUUUACGACCCUAAUGUUGACAACCUGCUAAACUACCAACGGGCUGUUGUUGGUCUCGAGUUCUAAGGACUUGUGGACAGACCCCACACAAAUUUAAUAUGUAUUUAAUAUUGGUAAUGACUGCUAUCAACAGAGGACUUUUUGUAGUAUGAAGCUGAAUAAUAAUAAUCACAUUAUGGUUGAUGAUUGAUUUGCCUAAUAAAAGAGAAUAACAAGGCAGUUUCACUUGGUAUGAUUAUAUUUAUUGACAGGACGGAAAAUGCAUGGACAUUUUGCAGGAGCUUAAAAGCGCAAGAGACGUCUACAGGGAGUUCCACAGUUUGGACCACCAAAUUUGCUGAUGAAUUUAUGAGUAGCGGUAUGACAACGAGGCGCAGUUCAAGCCAGCCCCCGCGUCGCCCCCCUUGCUGCCCGCCCCUGCGGUGGCCUCGCUUGCUCGCAGGCGUCUUGGAGCAGAAGGUGUGAGAAGGGGAUGCCGAUGGGUCGCAGCCGCCGCGGGUAGACAAACGCGCAGGCAAGAUCCCGGCCGGAGGAACAGCACCCCCCAGCCCCCGACCCCCUCCCCAAAAGUGCAAAGUUAUGGCCGCCGGGGAAGAAGAAGAACCCCCAAUGACGCGCCUUGCAGGUGGCCUGCAGAUGACGAUGACACGCGCCGCGUAAGUGUCGCUCUGCGUCCGCUGCGAGGAAGAAGAGGGAGGGGGGCACGCGGGCAACGCCACCGCCAUGCAAGCCGGCUGCGCUCCGGAGAUAACAGCACAAGUGGCACCGACUACUGCACCAAAUGUAAAGUUUGAAGUGUACGAACUGAGAAUGUCACGCAGAGACGAUGACCUGUGACCUUUGUUUGAAAGAAAACCAGCAAAACAGGCCAGCCAUGAAGCUCUUCAGAAAGGAUGAUAUCUCCACCAAGGACAAGGACAAAGAGAUCCAGUACGAGGAGCCACCAGACGGUGGAUGGGGCUGGCUGGUGGUGCUGCAUUGCUUCCUGGUCAACGUUCUGGUGAUGGGAACGUUGAAGACCUUUGGGAUCUUCUUCUUGGCAUUUCAAGAUGAGUUUGGGGGCUCAGCGGAAAGCAUUAGCUGGAUUGGGUCCAUCAUGUCCAGUCUGCGUCUCUCUGGAGCUCCCAUCGCCUCGGUAGCCUGCGCCAAGGUAGGAACCAGGGUGACGUCCAUCACGGGGGCCGUGCUGGUCAGCGGCGGCUUCCUCAUCAGCAUUUUCGCCAACAGCGUGGUGUUCCUCUACAUCAGCAUGGGAGUCAUCGUAGGAAUGGGUUUCGCACUACUAUACCAAUCCUUCUCCGUGGUCACGGCGCUCUACUUCCGGAAGAAGUUGGCGACGGCGUAUGCCAUCGGGCGUUCUGGGAUGGGUUUGACCUUUGCCCUAGCCCCGUUUACGCAGCUGCUUCUGGACCAGUAUGCUUGGCAAGGUGCUUUGCUGAUCCUCGGCGGCCUGAUGCUCAACCUGGUGGCCACCGGGCUCCUCCUGCGGCCCAUCCAAGUAAAACCCCCCACCGCGUCCAGCCGCGCUUCCCCCAGCCAGAAGAGCCCCGCCGUGUCCCUCAAGAGCUCAUCAGAGAAAGAAAACGGCAAAAGCUGUCUGAACGGCUCCUCGCACUUCUCCAACGGUGUCUCCAAAUCGGACUCACUCCCACCCCCUCCUCGUCCUCCUCUUGAGGAGAUGGAAUGUACUCAGGAAAUGAAGGAGCGUUUGGAGAACCUUGAACUGAACAGACUGGUCCUAAACGGCCAUGAAACCCACCAAGACGUGGUUUUGUGUAAGCCCGCGGCCGAUGGCCCGCUAGAGCUCAACGGCACCACGAAUGGGUCCACCCCGGUCGGGCUUCCCUCCAUCUGCGCCGGCACGCCGAGCGAGGAGAGCGCCCCGAAAGCCAAAGUACUUGAUUUUUCCUUACUGAAGGACCCGUUCUUUUGCAUCUACACGUGGUCUCUGGUUUUCAGCCAGCUGGCCUACUUCAUCCCCUACUUCCAUCUGUCUGCUCGAGCCCGAACCCUGGGUAUUGACCCCAUGGAUGCCUCUUUUAUCAUCUCUGUGGCAGGCAUUACAGAGACCAUCGCCCAGCUGGCCUCGGGCUGGGUGACGGACCGGAACCUGUUCCACAAGUACCACUACCACAAGGCCUACCUGAUCCUCUGCGGCUUGGUCAACCUGCUUUCGCCGCUGGCCACCUCCUACAUCCUGCUCAUGGUCUACGCCGUCUUCUUUGCCAUCUUCUGUGGUGGCUACAUGGCUCUGCUGCUGCCUGUUCUGGUGGAUCUGGUGGGGGCGGAGAAACUCAAUAACUCCAUGGGCUUCUCCAUGUUCUUUGUGGGUCUAGGCUGUCUCACGGGUCCUCCUUUGGCAGGCUUCCUGUACGACUACACGCAGACGUACGACUGCUCCUUCUACCUGGCGGGCCUCUGCUACCUGCUGUCCUCGCUCUCGCUCUUCAUGGAGCCGCUGGCCCAGCGCUGGAGAGCCCGGCGGAACAGAGUGUACCGGGCCAAGGCGGCGCAGAGCGGAUGCAGGACCAACGGCUGCUUCGCCCCGGACCGCCCGCGCAACGCCGUCGUUGGAGCGCGCAGCAGAUUAAGAGCACAAAAAUAUGCUGAUGGUUGCAAGAAGGGUUUUCAUCCGAAUCCACGGAGAAACUGCACUUCGUGUGAUGUCGGCCAAAGACGUACGAACCCGACUUCCAGGCUUCUUCUCGGUCGUCUUCUUCUUCAUCCGCGUGUGAAGCAGACUGUGGGUUUUGUUACACUGCCCUCUAUCGGCAGACGAGGUCUCCUACCGCAAGAAUGCCAGCACAAUUGGUUCUUGUUCUUCCCCCUCAAGUCACUUGCACAAUGCUGCACUGAGCCCUGAAGCCUUUUUGUGUGAGUGUGUGAGUGUUGCUGUUGCAAUCGCCGCAGCAGUCACAAUGCACAAAAGCUCUUUUUCUUCCUUCUCUAACGAGAUGCGUUCAAGGGCCAAGACACAUUCUGCAGCGAUACUUUUCGUUGCGGGUUAUUAUUACCUGUCACCUAUUGUGUUGAUAGCGUUUUCUUUUGCUUCGCGCUGUUUUAUUCUGGCUAACUGAUCGAGAGUGUAGAAAACUUUGUGCUUUUAACCAAUCAUAAGUAUUUUUGUUGUCGGAGGUCAUUUUUAAAUGCACACAAGCCAGCUGAAAAAAAAAA